AUGCAUGUCUGGCGUCCGCUCUCAGGCUCGUCACCAACAGGGCACGAAAAGAAUACGAUUCUUGGCAAGCACUUCGUCGACUUCUCGUGGGGGUGUGGCGCCACGCCCGGGCCAACGGGGCGCGGCUUUUUUGAAUACUUCAAGGGCGUCGUCGUGCACGAAAUUGGCCACUCAGUCGGCUUCAAGCAUGAGCACGCACGGCCCGACCGUGACGACUUCAUCUCAAUCAACUGGAGCAACAUCGAGGGCGGCUGCACCGAGACCACCGUGGCAGAGUGCGCGAGCAACAAGGCGCUCUUGGACCCCGACUGCGUCGGGGGCAGCUGCACGGUCAUGUGCGGCAUGUCUGGCGACUUCCCCUUUGACUGGGGCUCGGUGAUGCUGUACAGCUCGAGAGUAUUCGCCGCUGGGAGCGCUCCCACCAUGGUCAGGAAGUCCGACGGGAAGCCAUUCAGCGGCCAAGUGCUCAGCACCCUCUCUCCCGGCGAUGUGCGCCGCUGCGGGAAGCAGUACCUGCCUGACCGAGCAUGGCUGCGCUCUCAACGGCGCGAGUUGCACCGACGUGCCUCCUCCUCCUCCCCCCCCCCUCCCUCUCCCUCACCACCGUCGCCAUCUUGCCGCUGCUUGGAGCCAGCGUCGGGCUCCGGCAACGACUGCUUUGCAUUGACGCCGUGGCUAGAGACCAACGGCCUGCCAACAUCGAACUGCAAUCACUACUACGACUCCUUCGGCCGCGGACGCGGUUGCCGCUUGGACGGCGACCAUUGCGAUGGCUUUGAGGAUGAGCCGUUCACCGCUUAUGAGCGGAACCAGUGGAUGGUGACCAAGGACCUUGCCUGCGACCGAUGGCCCUACGCGUACACCAAGCUCUGUAAGCACAACGCUAAUUGGGCGAAGCAGAAGUUCUGCCAGCGGUCGUGCUUCGAGAAUGGAGCGGGAUACGACGGCGACGUCGUGUGCUGUGCGGCGGCGCCGGCGCCCUCUCCAGCAUGCACCGAGUGCACAGAUACGCCCAACGCGUGCAUGGUGGACAAUGACUUUGCGUGCAACGGGUCCUGGGCGAGUUACGCCUACGAGAACCUCUGCAAGCACAACAGUAACUGGUCGAAGCAGAAGUUCUAUGAGCGGAACCAGUGGAUGGUGACCAAGGACCUUGCCUGCGACCGAUGGCCCUACGCGUACACCAAGCUCUGUAAGCACAUCGCUAAUUGGGCGAAGCAGAAGUUCUGCCAGCGGUCGUGCUUCGAGAAUGGAGCGGGAUACGACGGCGACGUCGUGUGCUAUACGCCCAACGCGUACAUGGUGGACAAUGACUUUGCGUGCAACGGGUCCUGGGCGAGUUACGCCUACGAGAACCUCUGUAAGCACAACGCCAACUGGGCAAAGCAGAAGUUCUGUCAGCGGUCGUGCUUUGCCAAUGGAGCGGGCUACGACGCCGCCGUCGCCGCCGGCACCGUCAAUGCCGCCGCCAUCGCCGCCACCGCCCUCUCCGCCGCCGCCGCGUUUGCCGCCACCGCCGCCGCCGCCGCCGCGACCGCCACCCUCAGCGCCGCCGUCGCCACCGCCGCCGUCGCCAACGCCGGCGUCGCCGUCGCCGAGCCACCGCCGCCGCCGCAUCCGUUUUGCUGCCGCGACCGUCGCCACCGCCGCCCACUCCGUCAAUAUCGCCGCUGCCACCUUCUUCGCCGCCUCCUCCUCACCCUCGCCGAUGCCCUUCGCCCGGCCGCCCCCGACGACGCCGACGUGCGCAACGCUCGACAAGAAACGGUGUAA